AUGUCGCUCAGAAUGGCCACCUCGCGCAUCGCGCCCCGUAUGAUGUUCCGCCGCUCUAUGGCCACCACCGUCGAGUCGAGCAAGGGCCCUCUCGCCGGCGGCACCGAGGCCAUCAGCGCCUCUCGCCCUGUCCUUUCGCCCAAGGAGACCUCGACCGUCAAGGAGCCCCAGAAGGACCAGGACAGCAAGAUCAAGACCUUCCACGUCUACAGAUGGAACCCCGACGCCCCCAGCGACAAGCCUCGCAUGCAGAGCUACACCCUCGACCUCAACAAGACCGGUCCCAUGAUGCUGGAUGCUCUGAUCAGAAUCAAGAACGAGCUGGACCCCACUCUUACUUUCCGCCGAUCCUGCAGAGAGGGCAUCUGCGGUUCCUGCGCCAUGAACAUUGACGGUGUCAACACUCUUGCCUGCUUGUGCCGUAUCCCCACCGACACCAAGGCCGAGUCCCGCAUCUACCCCCUCCCUCACACCUACGUCGUCAAGGAUCUCGUCCCCGAUCUCACCCAGUUCUAUAAGCAGUACAAGUCCAUCAAGCCCUUCUUGCAGCGCGAGACCGCCCCCGAGGAUGGCCGCGAGUACCGCCAAUCCCCCGCUGAGCGCCGCAAGCUCGACGGCCUCUACGAGUGCAUUCUCUGCGCCUGCUGCAGCACCUCCUGCCCUUCAUACUGGUGGAACUCGGAGGAAUACCUCGGCCCCGCCAUCCUCCUCCAGUCCUACCGCUGGAUCGCCGACUCGCGUGACGAGAGAACCGCCACCCGCCAGGACGCCCUCAACAACUCCAUGUCGCUCUACCGCUGCCACACCAUUCUCAACUGCUCCAGGACAUGUCCCAAGGGUCUCAACCCUGCUCUGGCCAUUGCCGAGCUCAAGAAGUCCAUGGCUUUCACCUAA